UGUGACAGACUCACAUAAAACCCUGAUAAAUAUGUUAACACAUUCACAAUUGUUUAAAAUUUUGGUUAUUUUUAAUCGGGUAUGAUUAACUGUGCAGCAUGGCUGCGAUUGAUCCAACAACAUGUUGGCACGAAGACCUGUUGCCCCUGGCCAGGCAAGAGGUUUAUAAGCUGCAACAACUUCUCCAGAUGCGAAUUGAACCACAAACAUAAGAUCGCUUCCAAUAUCAUUCAGAAGAUCAGUCAACGGGCGUUUGGUGACGAAAGUUGCAAGGAGGACGAUGCUCCGCCAAGGCCCAAGCCACCGAAGCCGCGCUGGAAAUGGCACUUCGGCUACACCAUUAUGCUGGGCAGCCUCUUUGGCACAGUGCUGUGGGCCGUCUAUGAACUGGGCAGGCCCGAGCAGGAUCAGUUCGGACGCAGCAUCGAGGACGAGCUGAGCGCGCUGCCACUGAUCCAGCAAUACGUGCAGCGGAUGUGGCGUUCGCUGCAUUACUACCAGAAGAUGCUGCAGGAGCCGCUGUCCACCAAGCUGCUGCCGGACGUAGUGCAGCAUCCGUAUAUACAGCCGCGGUACACGCUGGUCCUGGAGAUGCGCGACGUGCUGGUGCAUCCGGACUGGACAUACCAGACGGGCUGGCGCUUCAAGAAACGACCCGGUGUCGAUCACUUUCUGCGCCAGGUCACCAAUCACUUUGAGAUAAUUGUCUACACCGCCGAGCAGGGCAUGACGGCGUUUCCCAUUCUGGAUGCUCUCGACCCGAACGGAUAUAUACGCUAUCGUCUGGUGCGUGGCGCCACCCAGCUGCUGGAUGGGCAUCAUAUCAAGAACCUAAACCGCCUCAAUCGAAAUCUACGCCGUGUGAUUGUCGUCGAUUGGGAUCGUCGCGCCGUUCCACUGCAUCCGGACAACAUUUUUGCCAUUGCUCGCUGGGAGGGCAACGAUGACGAUGUCCAGCUCUUCGAUCUGGCCGCCUUUCUCGGACUCAUUGCCGAGCACAAGAUGGACGAUGUACGAGAGGUUCUGCACUACUAUCGCCAGUUCGAGGAUCCCAUUGAACAGUUCAAGGAGAAUCAGCGCAAGCUGCUCGAAAUGAAACAGGAGAAGCCGGAUACGGAACCCAGUUGCCAAUUAAAAUAAAAUAUUAUUCGUGCACCUUUCCAAGUA